AUGACUAUUACCACCUCGCCAGGAUGCAACUGGAGUCCGACUGCUCAGUCUCAAGCUGGUACGUCCAGCUGCAUGAUAACAGCAACCAUCACCUAUUCCGGAUGCACAAUAACAAUGACUAACGAAAGCUUCCAAACAUACUGCGAUGGAAACAAUCAAUGUUCUUUCACGGAAAUCGAUGGUAUUGCGCAGAAUUUAAAAUGUGAUGGUUCUUCGUGGACGACUACCACUUCCACCAACGGCCAGACCUUGACGGAAACUGGAUCCUGCACUUGUCAAGUACUUAAUGUGGCGGCCGUUCCUUCCGCCUCGACAACAGGGCCCAAUAUACCGCCAACUCCGAGUUCUGGAUCUUCUACUAUGUUGCGCACCUCAACGGUCUUGCUUAUGCUUUGCGUAGUUGCUUUCAACAUCGCAGGAAAUCUUUGA